AUGGCAUCAGCGACAUCUUUCUACGAUUUCAAACCCAAAGAUAAGAAGGGCACACCCUACGAUCUCUCCACCCUCAACAACAAAGUCGUCCUUAUAGUCAACACAGCCUCGAAAUGUGGCUUCACGCCACAGUUUGAAGGCCUAGAGAAGCUCUACAAGAAGGUUGGCAAAGAGGGGGACUUCAAAGAUCAAUUCGUCAUACUGGGAUUUCCAUGCAACCAGUUCAUGAGCCAAGAUCCAGGCGAUAACGACACCAUUCAAUCCUUCUGCCUGACCAACUACGGCGUGUCCUUCCCUGUCCUCGGAAAGACCGACGUGAACGGUGACAACGCUGAACCUCUAUUCGAGUGGCUGAAGUCCGAAAAACCAGGCAUAAUGGGUUUGAAGAGGGUGAAGUGGAACUUUGAGAAAUGGCUUGUUGGAAGAGACGGAAAGGUAAAGGGGCGAUGGAGCAGUAGCACAAAGCCCGAGAGUCUCGAGGGCGAUAUCGUGAAGGCCUUGAAGGAAGGUGGGAAGAGCGAAUUGUAG